GACGCACACAGAACCGGGAAACCCGAUGAGAGCGAUGCUGCCACUAUUCAUUACUUUAACAAUAAUACUAAUUCAAUCAACAAGCAGUCAAGAUGCCUUUGGCGAUCAGCAAGAGUCGAUUUCGGAGGUCGAGGUCACUGAUCACGAGGCCAUGGAGGACCACGGGCAGUUGAUGAUGAUGAUGCACGACCAAGCGCACGGAGACGACUCGUCAAUGGAGAUGAUGGGCACCGCUUCAAUGAAAUUGAGGCCGUCGGCGGUGCCAAUUAAUCAACACGAAUCGGCCGGAAUGAUGUCCAGCAAGGAGCAAUUCUGCUUGAAUCAGAUGACGCAGUGCUUGGCCAACCCAAUGCCCUUCAACGAGCAUCUCACGCAACCUAACGUGGGUGCGUCCGAGACGCAGGAAUAUGUUGUUGAUGCGCCAACGGAUGGCGGUUCCGGCGGCUCCUUUGAACCUUUUGCCUCUGGAGUUAACAAGGGCACGAUCAAUCGAGUGAAGAAGAAAAAGCCGCAAAGCGCAAAUCUCAUGAAUAUGGACGAAGAGACCCAAGAAUCUAUCCGAUGCAAUGGACAAAAUUUCAUUAGAAUGUCAGAGUGUUGCUCAAAUACGCCAGGAGACUUUUUCACCGGAGCAAUUCUUUUCGCGUGCUCGGAUGUUUUCCCGAUAAACCCAGGCAUCGUUCUUAAAGAGUACAAUCUGAACAUGGGGCUGCUCCAAGACAACUCUUUGGACUUGUCGCGAUCAGAUACAAUGUCUGGAGAAGUCCUUGGCAAUGGCGUUUGCUUCAUAGACUGCAUUUUUAGAAAGAGAUCUCUUAUUUCGGAGGACGGAGCCAUAGACUACACGAUGGUGGCCCAUCAUUUUAUGUCCUCAGUAAUGGACAGAGCCUGGCACCCUGUAGUGAUGCAAUCGAUCAGAAACUGUUCCCAAGUCAUGCAUAAAUUCCCGCAACAAAUGAUGAAUCCUGACUUCAGCUAUCAAAAGUUCUGCUUCACUCACCCCUACUUGUUUCAACAAUGCGUAAUGAAAUCAUUGCGGAUGGUUUGUCCUCUGCCUAAUCACAGAACAAACUCUCCCGAAUGUGUUGAAAAGCGUCGCUUCCUGCAGCGGUGUGACAUUUUUCAAAAAAGAUUCACAGUUCCAAGACAUUAAAAAUUUCAGUUAUAAUGAAAUUCUGUGUUUUCUUAUUCCAAAGCAUCAGUAUUAAAAACGCAAAAAAAUAUGAAAUGAAAAUAAUGCAUGUCUGUGCAAACUAUGCAACCGGCGCUACUCAUCAGUCGUGCGGGCAGCCGAACUCUGACAACUGCAGGCUGAUCGUAUA